CCAGUCGCUUGACGUGAGACAGGGGGGUCUCAGAUUUUUAAAGCUCUGUCCUGUCUCUCACUUCAUUUAACCGUACUGGAGUGUGUGUCAGCCACUCAACUGCGCUCCGUCGCUCCUUCGCCACCUCUUCUAUCCUCCUCGCUGCCACCACUUUCCUAUAUUCGCCUCCUUAGAGCCAAAAGUGGUUAGGAGUCACUUACUAAAAUUCUCAAGGUGUUGCCAACUUUAAAAAACUAUAUCGUGGACUGUCAAGGCUGGCUACGCUAAACGGAUUCCUACAUUCGUCACAGCAGUGACAGAAGUCCUUGAUUGAUCAACUAACGGACUGGAUCGCAAGUAGGCUACAAACGCAAUCUUCCUCUCUCGUUCCCCCCCUCCGUGGGUCUCUUUGCAACUUUUGCAACUUUUUCUAGGCGAGUGCGCGCGCCUGGCACUGCCCCACUCCCCCGCGUGCAGUAAAAUUUCACACACCGGCCUCUGUGAUUGUGGUAUAAAAAGGAGGCACGGAAAACCGAAAACAUGAUGAGCAAUUAUACGUACUACGACCAGCAGCAGCCGCCGCAGUACUACUACGGUACGGACAACGGAGAGGACGGCGACGAGGAGAUGCCGGCCACCGAGAAGGACCUCGCGGAAGAUGCGCCCUGGAAGAAGAUCCAACAGAACACCUUCACCAGGUGGUGCAACGAACACCUGAAAUGCAUCAACAAGCGGAUCAACGACCUGCAGAAAGAUCUAAGCGAUGGGCUGAAACUCAUUGGGCUUCUCGAAGUUUUGAGUCAAAAGCAUAUGUACAGAAAAUACCACGCAAGACCCAACUUCAGGCAGAUGAAACUGGAAAAUGUCUCGGUAGCGCUGGAAUUUCUUGAAAGAGAACACAUCAAGCUGGUUUCUAUAGACAGCAAGGCGAUCGUGGACGGCAACCUGAAGCUGAUCCUGGGCCUGAUAUGGACGCUGAUCUUGCACUACUCCAUCUCCAUGCCCAUGUGGGAGGACGAGGACGAGGAGGACGCGCGCAAGCUCACGCCCAAGCAGCGGCUACUGGGCUGGAUCCAGAACAAGGUGCCCCAGCUGCCCAUCACCAACUUCCACCGCGACUGGAGGGACGGCAAGGCCCUGGGCGCGCUCGUGGACAACUGUGCUCCAGGUCUAUGUCCUGAUUGGGAGCUGUGGGAUCCCAACCAGCCGGUGGAGAAUGCCAGAGAGGCCAUGCAGCAGGCCGACGAUUGGCUGGGAGUGCCACAGGUGAUUGCCCCUGAGGAGAUAGUGGACCCGAACGUGGACGAGCACUCUGUGAUGACCUACCUGUCCCAGUUCCCCAAGGCCAAGCUGAAACCCGGAGCGCCCAUCCGCCCAAAGACCCUGCACCCCACAAGGGCCAGAGCCUAUGGACCAGGCAUUGAGCCGCGGGGCAACAUGGUCCUAAAGCCGGCUGAGUUCAUGGUGGAGACUGUAGAGGCGGGGCUGGGGGAGGUGCUGGUGUACGUGGAGGAUCCAGAGAGACAUACGGAGGAGGCCAGAGUGAUCCCCAACAAUGACAAGAACAGGACCUACUCCGUGGUGUAUGUGCCCAAGGUGGAGGGUCUCCACAAGGUUAAGGUGCUCUUCGCUGGGCAGGACAUUGACCGGAGCCCCUUCAUGGUGCACGUGUCCAAGGCUCUGGGUGACCCCAACAAGGUUCAGGCUCGUGGUCCGGGUCUAGAGGCUAUGGGCAACAUGGCCAACAAGCCCACGUACUUCGACAUCUACACUGCUGGUGCGGGUGCUGGUGACGUGGGGGUGAUCAUUGUGGACUGCCAGGGCCGGCGGGACACAGUGGAGAUCAUCCUGGAGAACAAGGGGGACAGCGUUUUCCGUUGCACCUACAUCCCCGUGCUGGAGGGGCCACACACCAUCUACGUGACCUUCGCCGGACAGCAGAUACCCCGAAGCCCUUUCUCUGUGACCAUCUCCGAGGCCAGCAACCCUAACGCGUGCAGGGCCUCUGGGCGGGGGCUGCAGCCCAAGGGCAUGCGUGUGAAGGAAGUGGCCGACUUCAAGGUCUACACCAAGGGAGCGGGCAGCGGAGACCUACGCGUGGGCGUCAAGGGCCCGAAAGGGAACGAUGAGCCGGUGAAGGGAGAGGAGGCUGGAGGUGGUGUGUAUGAGUACGACUACUACCCCAUCUUUCCUGGGAAAUACAUCAUCAGCAUCACCUGGGGCGGACAACCUAUUCCCCGCAGUCCGUUUGAGGUGUGGGUGAGUGAGGAGGCCGGGGCCCAGAAGGUGCGCGCGUGGGGUCCAGGGCUGGAGACAGGCAUGGUGGGCAAGUCUGCCGACUUCGUAGUGGAGGCCAUCGGCACGGAGGUUGGCACUCUGGGCUUCUCCAUCGAGGGCCCGUCCCAGGCGAAGAUCGAGUGUGACGAUAAGGGCGACGGCUCGUGCGACAUGCGCUACUGGCCCACGGAGGCCGGUGACUACGCUGUCCACGUCAUCUGUGACGACGAGGACAUCAAAGACAGCCCCUUCAUCGCCCACAUCCUCCCCGCAGCCAAUGAUGUCUUCCCAGAGAAGGUGGUCUGCUCAGGUCCAGGGCUGGAGCCUACUGGCUGCAUCGUCAAUAAACCGGCCGAGUUCACCAUCGAUGCCCAGGCGGCCGGUAACGGACAGCUCCGCAUCUACGCUCAGGAUGCAGAGGGCUUCCCCAUUGACAUUCAGAUCACAGAUAACGGGGACAGCACCUACUUCUGUGUGUAUGUCCCCACCAAAGCGAUCAAACACACUAUCAUCAUCACCUGGGGAGAAGUCAACGUUCCCAACAGCCCCUUCAGGGUGACCAUCGGAGAGGGCAGCCACCCAGAGAACGUUAAGGUGUACGGACCGGGCGUGGAGAAGAGUGGACUCAAGGCCAACGAGCCCACGUACUUCACUGUGGACUGCAGCGAGGCAGGACAAGGUGACGUGAGCAUCGGGAUCAAAUGCGCUCCAGGCGUGGUCGGUCCUGCGGAGGCGGACAUCGACUUUGACAUCAUCAAAAACGACAACGACACGUUCACCGUGAAGUACACGCCCCCUGGUGCUGGACGCUACACCAUCAUGGUGCUGUUCGCCGACCAGGAGAUACCCAUCAGCCCCUUCCGCAUCAAGGUCGACCCCUCCCACGACGCCGCCAAGGUCAAGGCCGAGGGCCCAGGACUCAGCAAGACAGGAGUGGAGGUUGGCAAGCCCACCCACUUCACCAUCUACACCAAGGGGGCGGGCAAGGCUACGCCAGAGGUGGUCUUCGCUGGGGCCGCCAAGGGCGAGGCCGUCAGUGACUUCGAGAUCAUUGACAACCACGACUACUCCUACACCGUGCGCUACACUGCUACACAGCAGGGCAACAUGAGCAUCUCCGUGUUCCAUGGAGGGGACCCCAUCCCCAAGAGCCCCUUCAACAUCUCCGUGGCCCCACCACUGGACCUGAACAGGGUCAAAGUUCAGGGACUCAACAACAAAGUGGACGUAGGGAAGGAUCAGGAGUUCACCAUUAACACCCGCGGUGCUGGCGGUCAGGGCAAAGUGGACGUCAAGAUCACCUCACCUUCACGCCGGCCAAUCCCCUGCAAGGUGGAGUCCAGCGCGUCCAAUGAGGUGCACACAGUCAAGUACAUCCCGCCUGAGGAGGGUCCCUACAAAGUGGACAUCAGCUACGAUGGCAACCCAGUGCCAGGGAGUCCCUUCGCAGUGGAAGGUGUCAUGCCCCCUGACCCCUCAAAGGUGCGUGCGUAUGGUCCUGGCCUGAAGGGAGGCAUUGUGGGUAAGCCGGCGCCCUUCGCCAUCGACACAAAGGGCGCGGGCACGGGCGGGCUGGGCCUGACGGUGGAGGGUCCGUGCGAGGCCAAGAUUGAGUGCCAGGACAACGGCGACGGCUCGUGCUCGGUGUCCUACCUGCCCACCGAGCCUGGUGAGUACUCCAUCAACAUCCUGUUUGCCGACCAGCACAUCCCUGGUUCGCCCUUCAAAGCCAUCGUCCAGUCCAUGUUCGACCCGAGCAAGGUGACGGCCAGUGGGCCGGGCCUGGAGAGGGGAAAGGUCAACGAGGCGGCCUCGUUCACCGUGGACUGCUCCAAAGCCGGCGAGGCGGAGCUGACCAUCGAGAUCAUCUCGGACGCUGGGGCCCCGGCGGAGGUCCGCGUCCAGAACAACAGCGACGGGACGUACUCCAUCACCUACAUCCCACCCUUCCACGGCAUGUACACCAUCACCAUCAAGUACGGUGGCCACGCAGUGCCAAAGUUCCCCGCCAGGGUGCAGGUGGACCCCAGCAUCGACACCAGCACCAUCAAGGUCUACGGCCCAGGAGUGGAGCCCAGAGGAGUCCUGCGAGAAGUCACAACUCAUUUCGUCGUUGACGCCCGUGCUGUUAGCAAGGCCGGCGGCAACCAUAUCAAAGCCCGCAUCGUGAACCCCUCAGGGGCUAACACAGACGCCUUCAUCUCCGACAAGGGAGACGGAACCUACCGAGUGGAAUACACUGCUUACGAGGACGGCAUGCACCUGAUCGAGGUUCUGUACGAGGACGUGGCGGUACCCAAGAGUCCGUUCCGAGUGUCGGUGACGGAGGGCUGCGACCCGAGUCGCGUGCGUGCAUACGGGCCCGGCCUGGAAGAGGGUCUGGUCAACAAACCCAACCUCUUCACCGUGGAGACCAGGGGUGCGGGUACUGGUGGGUUGGGUCUGGCUAUUGAGGGUCCGUCGGAGGCGAAGAUGUCCUGCAAGGACAACAAAGAUGGCAGCUGCAGUGUGGAGUACAUCCCCUUCACCGCCGGCGACUACGACGUCAACAUCACUUUCGGACGUCAAGGAAGCCUGUUCCGCGUGCCGGUGAGGGAGCUAGUGGACCCCAGUAAGGUCAAGUGUUCCGGUCCAGGGCUGGGCAGCGGCGUCAGAGCCCACGUUCCACAGACCUUCACCGUGGACUGCAGCAAGGCCGGCCUCGCCCCACUAGAGGUGCAGCUCUACGGGCCCACAGGAGUGGCAGAACCAGUGACCAUUACGGACAAUGGUGACGGCAUACACACGGUCAACUACACGCCGACCACUGACGGCCCUUACACCGUUUGUGUCAAAUACGCGGACCAGGAGGUGCCGCGCAGUCCGUUUAAAAUCAAGGCUCUGCCCGCCCAUGAUGCCAGUAAAGUCCGUGCCAGCGGUCCAGGUCUGAAUGCCUCAGGUGUGCCAGCUAGCUUACCUGUCGAGUUCACCAUCGAUGCCCGUGACGCAGGGGAGGGUCUGCUCACGGUCCAGAUUCUGGACCCGGAGGGCAAGCCAAAGAAGGCCAACAUCCGUGACAACCGGGACGGGACGUACACAGUAUCCUACGUACCGGACAUGACCGGGCGCUACACCAUCACCAUCAAAUAUGGCGGAGACGAGAUCCCGUACUCUCCGUACCGCAUCCACGCAGUGCCCUCGGGUGACGCCAGCAAGUGCCUGGUCACAGUUUCCAUUGGAGGACAUGGAUUAGGCUCAGGUCUCGGACCCACCAUCCAGAUCGGCGAGGAGACGGUGAUCACCGUAGACGCAAAGGCUGCUGGGAAGGGUAAGGUCACCUGUAAGGUGUCGACACCUGACGGGGCGGAGCUGGAUGUGGACGUGGUGGAGAACGCCGACGGAACAUUUGAUAUCUACUACACGGCACCGGAACCGGGGAAAUACGUCAUCACCAUCCGCUUCGGAGGGGAGCACAUUCCCAACAGCCCCUUCCAUGUGGUGGCCAGUGACACCAUUCCCAUUAUAGAGGAGCCGUGUGAUAAGGUUCAGCUGCAGCAGCCUUAUGCCCCCUACCAGGCCUACGCACCACACUGGGCCACGGAGGAGCCAAUCACGGCCACCAAUGGGAUCGAGCCUAUGCUCCGCCCCUUCAACCUGGUCAUCCCCUUCACAGUGCAGAAAGGGGAGAUCACAGGUGAAGUGCGUAUGCCUUCAGGCAAGACUGCCCGUCCCAACAUCACAGACAACAAGGACGGCACGGUCACGGUGAAAUACGCGCCCACCGAGAAGGGCCUGCACGAGAUGGACAUCAAAUACGAUGGCAACCACAUACCAGGAAGUCCACUGCAGUUCUACGUGGACGCCAUCAACAGUGGCCAUGUGACUGCCUAUGGGCCAGGCCUGAGCCACGGCAUGGUCAACAAGGCGGCCAUCUUUACCAUCGUCACCAAAGAUGCCGGGGAAGGUGGUUUGUCUCUGGCGGUGGAGGGCCCCUCUAAGGCGGAGAUCUCCUGUAAGGAUAACAAAGAUGGCACCUGCACCGUCUCCUACCUGCCUACUGCACCUGGCGACUACAACAUCAUCGUCAAAUUCGAUGACAAACACAUCCCCGGCAGCCCCUUCACCGCCAAAAUCACAGGUGACGACUCGCUGAGGACAUCCCAGCUGAACGUCGGCACGGCGACGGACGUGUCUCUGAAGAUCACAGAGACGGACCUGAGUUCCCUGUCGGCCAGCAUCCGUGCCCCAUCUGGCAACGAGGAGCCCUGUCUGCUCAAGAGGCUGCCCAACCGCCACAUCGGCAUCUCCUUCACCCCUAAGGAGGUGGGUGAGCAUGUGGUGAGCGUGAAGAAGAACGGAAAGCACGUGACCAACAGCCCCUUUAAGAUCAUGGUGGGCCAAUCAGAGAUCGGCGACGCCAGCAAGGUCAAGGUGUUCGGGAACGGGCUCAUCGAGGGACACACCUUCGAGGUCGCUGAGUUCAUCCUGGACACCAGGAACGCAGGCUAUGGCGGCCUGGGUCUGUCCAUCGAGGGUCCAAGCAAAGUGGACAUCAACUGCGAGGAUGUGGAAGACGGCACCUGCAAGGUGACCUACUGCCCCACCGAGCCUGGGACCUACAUCAUCAACAUCAAGUUUGCUGACCAGCACAUCCCAGGCAGCCCAUUCACAGUAAAGGUGACGGGGGAGGGCCGCAUGAAGGAGAGCAUCACCAGGAAGAGACAGGCCCCAACCAUCGCCUCAGUCGGCAGCACCUGUGAUCUCAACCUGAAAAUACCAGGUAACUGGUUUCAGAUGGUGUCAGCUCAGGAGCGUCUGACCGCUUACCUUUUGCCCAGUAGCCACACCUACAUAUCCUUGCCCGCGGAGCCCGCGGGAGUUCAGCAAGGCACGCAGGGCGAGACCAAGCGGGAGGUCCGCGUGGAGGAGAGCACGCAGGUCGGGGCCGAGCCCACGCCACCCACCUUCCGCAACGUCUUCGGGGGCUUCCUAGGACGAGAGGCCCUCGGGACCUUCAGUGGGAUCCAAGCCAGACAACCUGAGGGUGAGUCUGGCACGCAGGAGAUGACCGCGCAGGUGACGAGUCCCAGCGGUCAGACGGAGGACGCGGAGAUCAUCGAGGGCGAGGACAGCACCUACAGCGUGCGCUUCAUCCCCCACGAGAUGGGCCCCCACACCGUCAACGUCAAGUACCGCGGUCAGCACGUGCCCGGCAGCCCCUUCCAGUUCACCGUCGGGCCGCUCGGAGAGGGCGGAGCCCACAAGGUCCGGGCCGGGGGCCCCGGGCUCGACAGGGGCGUGGCCGGAGUCCCAGCGGAGUUCAGCAUCUGGACUCGCGAGGCGGGCGCCGGGGGCCUGUCCAUCGCCGUGGAGGGGCCCAGCAAGGCGGAGAUCUCCUUCGAGGACAGGAAGGAUGGGUCCUGUGGCGUGUCCUACGUCGUACAGGAGCCUGGUGACUACGAGGUGUCCAUUAAGUUCAACGAUGAACACAUCCCCGAUAGUCCCUUCAUCGUUCCCGUAGCAACACUGUCCGAUGAUGCCCGUCGCCUUACGGUCACCAGUCUGCAGGAGAUGGGGUUGAAGGUCAACCAGGAGGCCUCCUUCGCCGUGCAGCUGAACGGGGCGUGUGGCGUGAUCGACGCUAAAGUGCACACACCCUCCGGAGCCGUGGAGGAAUGCUACAUCACAGAGCUGGACAAUGACAAGCAUGCGAUCCGCUUCAUCCCUCGAGAGAACGGCGUCCACUCCAUUGACGUCCGCUUCAACGGGAGCCACAUUCCUGGCAGCCCCUUCAAGAUCCGCGUUGGGGAACCAGGACAGGCCGGAGACCCAGGAAUGGUGUCCGCAUUCGGACCGGGCCUGGAGGGUGGAACUACAGGCGUGCCCUCUGAGUUCAUAGUGAACACGUGUAACGCGGGCGCGGGCGCACUCUCAGUGACCAUCGACGGGCCGUCCAAGGUGAAGAUGGACUGUCAGGAGUGCCCGGAGGGCUACAAGGUCAUCUACACGCCCAUGGCCCCUGGCAGCUACCUCAUCUCCAUCAAGUACGGGGGACCUCAGCAUAUCGUGGGGAGCCCCUUCAAGGCCAAAGUCACAGGUCCUCGCCUGUCUGGAGGACACAGUCUCCAUGAGACCUCCUCUGUUCUCGUGGAAACGGUUACUAAGUCCUCUGCCAUGUCCGGAGCCUUCAGUUCCCUGCCCAAGUUCUCCUCUGACGCCAGUAAGGUGGUCUCCAGAGGGGCCGGCCUCUCCAAGGCCUUCAUCGGACAGAAGAACACCUUCACUGUGGACUGCAGCAAAGCAGGAACGAACAUGCUGAUGGUCGGAGUGCACGGUCCCAAGACGCCCUGUGAGGAGGUCUACGUCAAGCACAUGGGGAACAGGAUGUACAACGUCACCUACACCGUCAAGGAGAAGGGCGACUACAUUCUCAUCGUCAAGUGGGGGGACGAGAUGGUGCCUGGCAGCCCCUUCCAUGUCACCGUGCCUUAAAACAAUCCCCUGGACUCUCCCGUUUUGCUUUGUAAUGGACCGAUCCAUGAUCCCAACCCUCACCCCCACCCCCCUAUCCCAACUCCUUUUUCUUCAUACCAAAACCUGUCUAAAGUCAGACACACUAUGAUAUGCAAGGGCUAAAUCACAGCCUGAAUAGAGGGGAGAAUAUUUUUAUAUUCUUUUAUAUGGGAGAGUAUUAACCCAUUCAUAGAAAAUAGGAAAACACAAAGCCAGUUUAAUGAGCCAGUUGGCAACUCUAUUAAACUGAGUUAACAUUUCACAUACAACUGAGCUGACCCACAUCUUGACCACAGUUAGCCUGGAUCUUGACCACAGUUAGCCUGAAUCUUGACCACAGUUAGUCUGGAUCUUGAUCACAGUUAGCCUGGACCUUGACCGCAGUUAGCCUGGAUCUUGAUCACAGUUAGCCUGGAUCUUGACCGCAUUUGGCAAGGAUCAGGCCAAAUGCAGGUCGCAAACAGUGGCCCUUUGAAUUGAAGUAUUCCAAAUCUGUACCUCCCACAUUUUUUGUCCCCCUCCCCCGUCUCUCUCUCUCUCCCCCUCUGUUCUUCCUCUUGGUCUCAGAUUGUGAUAUUUUUGUAUGUUUACUUUUCUUUGGAUGCUAGAGAAUGUAUCAUGAAGAGUGACAGAACAACAGUGAGUCCCGUCUCCGUGACAACGGCGUGGUGGGGCCUGUGUGGGUGUGGCUUGUGGCUGUUGCAGGCAGGAUCUAACCUUUAUUUAUUUAGUCUUUUUUCUGACAGAAAAGUGUCUUAUUUUUAUUUUAUUUUCUGAUGGGGCAAGAACACAAUCAUUAACAUUCAGCCUGGUGGAAACCGACUCUCUCGUCCCCCCUCCAGUCCGGCUCUGAUCUGGUCUUCAUCUGGCCCCUAGAUAUGGCUCUCCGGUUCAUAUACGGGAUAUCCGUUUCAUAUACAGUAUGGGAUAUCUGUUUCAUAUACGGGAUAGCCGUUUAUAUGGGAUAUCCGUUUCAUAUACGGCCCUGAUCGAGCCCGGAUUUGGCCCAAAUUACGGUGGCUGUCACUGAUCGGGCCCCAGAUCAGGAUCACGGCCACAUCAGAACCAGAGUCCGUUCCCAUCUGGGCAGCACAGGGGACAGAACUCUCCCUCGUCUUCCUCAAGCUGUGGAUCAGUACCGCUAGACCUGGGACACGUCUGUGCCCACGUGGCAAGCCUUCUAUUUUGUGAAUGUUUAAAAGCAAAUUAUAUACAAUGAAACCGUAUACAGGAGUGACAUUUUAUAGUGAUUUUAUAUGUAUGACGAAUGGGCAGGAUAUGAGUCUAAUUGUUUGAUAUAUUAACCUACAAUUUGGUAAGGCUGUGCAGACAUAAUACAUGUUAAACUGCUAACUUGCCAUUAAAAAGCUCAAAUAAA